AUGUCUCUGGCAACUCCUCUCCGCCGCACGGCAAACACAAGUCGAAUCCCGACGACCUCCACAACAUUCAUCUGCUCGCAAUGUCGACAUGCGACACUCCUCCGCCGACCCAAGAACCCCUACACAUUCACGCAGCUGAUCACACUCUCCGACGGAAGUACCUUCACGCAUCGCACCAGCUCGCCGUCGCCGAUUUAUCGCUCCACCCGUGACUCGCGCAACUCGCUGUUGUGGAACCCCUCGUCGAGCAAGCUCAUGAACGUCGAGGAGGACGAGGCCGGUCGAUUGGCGGCGUUCCGAGCCCGUUUCGGACGCAGCUUUGAUGCGAAUGUAGCGACCGAGGAGGAAACGGGGGAGUCGAAGAAGCUAAGUAAAGAGGAGGCUGCUACUGAAGCGGCGGCCGCUCAGGAAGAGGAGGAUAAUCUGCUGGAUUUGAUUAGUUCGUUUGGACAGGAGACCGAGGGUCAGGGGUCGAAGAAGAAGGAUUGA